AUGUUAGCUAAUUGUGCGCAUCGCGCACAAUUAUCCGUCCUCUUACAGAAAUCCGAAAUUUUAACGGAGACACCCAAUAAAGAACUUUUGAUAGCCUGCGAGUCAAAAAAAAAAGAUAGGCAAGCAAAUUUGGAAAAAAAAUUAGAACAAAAACCGUCAAAAAAAGGUAAAGCGAGUGCAAAACAUCCCGCUAAAAAUAAUAAGACCGUUAAAAGGAAGGUUUUUGAAGAAGAAGUCCCAGACUGCCAGUUAUGUGAUGAUGAUGAACUUGAUGACACGGAGGUCAAUCUCGGAGACAGACGUUUGGUUUGCGACGACUGGAGCAAGAAAGACGAAUACUGGUUUCAGUGUGCGAUCUGCGGCAAAUGGGCGCAGGAGCUUUGCAGUGGGGUAGACUCCCCCGAAUGUUACAUCUGCGACUUUUGCGACCACUAG